AACCCCGCCCGGCGGCCGUGACGCGCGGGGCCCUCACGGGGAGGAGCCUCCGCCCUCCGCUCCCGCCAUCACCAAACUUUGCGCUGGUUCCCGGCCGCCGCCGCCGCCUCCUCCCGGCACAUGGCCCCGGCACCGCGGGGCUGAGCUCCGCCACCGCCCCCGGGCGCGGGGACACCGCCGACAGCGACACCGCCACCGCCGGAGCGACCGGUCACCGCCCCCGCCGCUGCCCGGGUGCGGCGGCUCUCGGCGCGGCGCGGGAGGACGGGGCAGAGCGGCGAGGGGCGGCCGGAGGCAGCGGGGCCGGUGCCCAUGUGCCCGCGGUCGCGGCGGGGCGAUGAGGCCGCGAUGAGCACGGCGGGCGAGGGCACCCUCCGGCCCUGGAAGCCCGACCCGGGGCAGGCGGACGGGGGGCGGCCGCCCCCGCCGGGCCCGGCGCUGCCGCUGACCCUGAGCGUGCUGGCCUGGCUGGGCACCGGCACCACCAUGGCCGGCCUCAACAAGUGGAUCUUCGCGGCGCACGGGUUCCGAUACCCGCUGCUGCUCUCCUCGCUGCACAUGCUGUCGGGGGUGGCCGUGGGGUACCCGCUGGGCUGGGCGCGGGGUGCCCGCUCCCCGCGGCCCCGCGCCCGCAUCUACCUGCUCAGCCUCACCUUCUGCACCAGCGUGGCCCUGGGCAACCUGGGCCUGAGCUACGUGCAGCUGGACGUGGCCCAGGCCGUGGCCACCACCACGCCGCUGGUGACGCUGGUGCUGGGGGUGCUGGGUGGCCGGCGGCCGCACCCGCUGCAGUGCUGGGCCAUGGGCCCGGUGUGUGCCGGGGCCGCCUGCAGCAUCGCCGGCGGGCUCCGCUUCUCCCAGCCCGGCUGCGGCUUCCUGUUGGCCGCCACCGUGCUCCGCGCCCUCAAGUCCAUCCAGCAGAGUGUGCUGCUGCAGGAGGACCAUCUGGACGCGCUGUCCCUGCUCGGCCUGACGUCCCUGCCCAGCUUCGUGCUGCUGUUUGGGGCGGCCGUGGCGCUGGAGCUGGGCCCCUCGUGGCAGGGGGUGCUGCGCCCCGACGCCGCGCUCUGGGGCUGCGUCCUGCUCAGCUGCCUGGGCUCCGUCCUCUACAACCUGGCCACGUCCUGCCUCCUGUCCCUCACCUCCGCCCUCACGCUGCACCUCCUGGGCAGCCUCACCGUGGUGGGCAACCUGCUGCUGUCCCGCCUGCUGUUCGGCACGCGGCUGGGCGCGCUGGGCUACGCCGGCGUGGCGCUGACGCUGGCGGGGAUGGUGCUGUACCACCAGCCCCAGCUCCUGGCCGCGUGCUGGCCCCUGCGGGCGCUGCGGCGGCACCCGCGCCACGAGUAGGGGUCUGAGGGUGGAGCGGGGGCGAGGGAGGCUCUGAGCGAGGGCAGGGGGGCUCAGGGAACACGUGUGUGUGCUGAGGGGUGUCGUGCUGGGCACACGUGUGUGCCAGUGUGUGUGACACUGCACGUGUGUGUGACUGUGCACGUGUGUGCCAGUGUGGGACACGCUGAGCGCAUGUGUGUGCCAGUGUGCCUGGCUCUGUGCCCACGUGUGUGCUGAGGUGCACGGUGCUGUGCACAUGGGUGUGACUGUGCACAUGUGUGUGCCACUCUGCACAUCUGUGUGCCAGUGUGCCCGGCUCUGUGUGCCCACGGGAAUGUUGAGGUGCACAGUGCUGUGCACGUGUGUGCCCGUGUGUGGCUCUGUGCACGUGUGUUUGCUGGUUUGCACAGGUCUGUGCACACACCUGUGGCUGUUUGCACAGCUCUGUGAGCACGUGUUUGCCGGUGUGCACAUGUGUGUGCGCCAGUGUGUGUGACUGUGCACAUGUGUGUGCUGGUGUGCACAGCUCUGGACAUGUGUGUGCUGGUGUACACAGUGCUGUGCACAUGGGUGUGCCAGUGUGUGUGGUACUGUGCACAUGGGUGUGCUGGCAUGCACAGCUCUGUGCACUCGUAUGUGCUGAGGUGCGUGGUACCAUGUACAUAGUGGGUGUCCCACCCUGCAUGGUUGUGUGUACAUGUGGUUUGCACAGCUCUGUGCACACGUGUGCUGGGGUGCACAGUGCUGUGCACAUGUGUUG